GUUAAAUUGAUAGACGGGUAAUAAAUGAUCGGCUACUGCUGAAACAAAAUUUUAUGCAUUAAUCGAUUUUCAGUGCCAGAAUAAUGGAGAUAAUUUCUAAUUCCACACCACCGUGGACAGGGUUUCCAGGUCCAGAGAAAAUAUCCAGCCCAAAGUCUGCUUCAAACCCGCUCAACGCUUCUCGUCACAUUAAUAGGCCCUACCGCUAACUAAAUCAGCCGGCAAUAAAAUGCUGUCGCUAGCUGUCUAGAAACUAGCUGUAACUUUAGGUGACAGUGGUCAACUUUGAAAGUAGCUAGCCCACAAAAAACCGCACACCGCGACUAUGUAAUCUUUUACCCGCGACUGAAUUUUGAAACUAGCCAAAUGUGGCUGGAAAUCCGCGAACCUGGCAACUCUGACCUUGGACAAUAAAGAAGACUAUAACACGUAUAAAGGGAGAAGAAUGUACUAUACUGAAGACAACUUGGGGCCAAGGCUUCCCUGCCUGGAAAGCCACUCCCAUCCUCAGGACAACUGGUCUUACAUCAUGUACCACGGCACCACCAGGGAGGCUGCCGAAAGCAUAAUGAGAUUCGGCUUCUGUCCCUCGAAGAAGGGCAUGCUGGGACGUGGCGUGUACGUCAGCCGCGACUUCCAGAAGGCCAGCUGCUACCCCCCGAACGUGCAUCCGGCCAAUUGCCUGGUCCUGGUGCUCCAAGUGGAUGUGGGGAAGGUGAAGAGGAUUGACCGCCAGGGGCACCCCCUGCAGAAGACCUGGCACGACGCAGGCUACGACACAGCCUGGGUGCCCCCCAACUGUGGCAUGGUGGCCAGUGGCCUGGAGGAAGACUGCAUCUGGGACCCCAUGAGGAUCAGGGUCAUCAGGGCUUUCCUGCCAGCACCCACGCUGGUCCAGUGCCCUGUCCCGUUCCAGAGCCCACUCCCCAAUCAUAAUUUUUUCGGUUGGCAUUAUAAAGGGAGGAGAAUGCCCCGAGGUAGAGGUUCCGACAAGGGGCAGAGGCCCCCCAGCCAGCAGAGCCACUCCAAGCCGGGCAAAAGCGCGAGCUCGUCCUACGUCAUGUACCACGGCACCACCAAGGAGGCUGCCGAAAGCAUCAAGAGGGACGGCUUCACCCCCUCGGAGAAAGGCAUGCUGGGGCGUGGCGUGUACGUCAGCCGCGACCCCGAGAAGGCCAGGCGCUACCCCCUGGACCUGGAUCCGGCUGGCCGCAGGAUCAUGGAGCUCAAAGUGGAUGUGGGGAAGGUGAAGAAGAUUGACCAACAGGGGCACCCCCUGCAGAAGACCUGGCAGACCAAGGGCUACGACACGGCCUGGGUGCCCCCCAAGUGUGGCAUGGUGGCCAGUGGCCUGUCGGAAGACUGCAUCAGGGACCCCAGCAGGAUCAAGGUCACCAAGGUCCUCAAACCCACAUCCUUGCCCCCAUCCCAGAUGCCAUGAGAGCGAACGUGGGAAUGGCGACGAAUAUUAGACCCUUCAAACCAAUCGCAGCAGAGCCACUCCAAGCCGGUCAACAACUCGACCUACGUCAUGUACCACGGCACCACCAAGGAGGCUGCCGAAAGCAUCAAGAGGGAGGGCUUCCGCCCCUCGGAGGAUGGCAUGCUGGGGCGUGGCGUGUACCUCAGCCGCGACCCCAGUAAAGCCAGCGACUACCCCCUGGACGUGAAUCCGGCUGACCGCAGGGUCCUGGAGGUCAAAGUGGAUGUGGGGAGGGUGAAGAAGAUUGACCAACAGGGGCACCCCCUGCAGAAGAACUGGCAGGCCAAGGGCUACGACACGGCCUGGGUGCCCCCCGAGUGUGGCAUGGUGCGCAGCGGCAGGGAGGAAGACUGCGUCAAGGACCCCAGCAGGAUCAAGGUCACCAAGGUCCUCAAACCCACAUCCAUGUCAUCCCAGAGCCAUGGCAGCACACCUGACGAGUACUAUAAAGGGAGGAGAAUGUCCCGGGCUGGAGGUUCCAACAAGGGGCAGAGGCCCCCCAGGCAGCAGAGCCACUCCAAGCCGGUCAACAACUCGUCCUACGUCAUGUACCACGGCACCACCAAGGAGGCUGCCGAAAGCAUCAAGAGGGAGGGCUUCCGCCCCUCGGAGGAUGGCAUGCUAGGGCGUGGCGUGUACCUCAGCCGCGACCCCAGUAAAGCCAGCGACUACCCCCUGGACGUGAAUCCGGCUGACCGCAGGGUCCUGGAGGUCAAAGUGGAUGUGGGGAGGGUGAAGAAGAUUGACCAACAGGGGCACCCCCUGCAGAAGAACUGGCAGGCCAAGGGCUACGACACGGCCUGGGUGCCCCCCGAGUGUGGCAUGGUGCGCAGCGGCAGGGAGGAAGACUGCGUCAAGGACCCCAGCAGGAUCAAGGUCACCAAGGUCCUCAAACCCACAUCCAUGUCAUCCCAGAGCCAUGGCAGCACACCUGACGAGUACUAGACCCGUUAAACCAGCCGUCCAAGAAAAUGCAAGGGGCCUGGCCACAGCACUGUUCUUUCCAAGUUUUGAUGUCAGAAUAUUUAGAUAAAUCAGAAGUUCACUUCAGAAGUUGUUAAAUGAAAACGCUUUUCUGUCUUGCGAGUCACAGAUCAUCCUGGUCAUUAGUAAUCUGUACUUACCGUAAUAUUUCCUGCCAAAUGCGCUGUGCCUUCGAUUCUAUUGUUUUGUUUUAAAACGACUUUGUAGAAACUGCCGUUUUACAUUAAAUGAAUGCAAAUGUUUGAAACGUC